UCACUCAGCUUUCAUAAUGAAAUUGAUUUUUCUGCUUUUCGUUUCACUCCUCUUUGCGACCAACUGUUUCACAAAGUCAAGACUUUGUGAAGCAACCAAACCCGAACCCAUUCCGGUGCAUGAUUCUACUGGAAAUAUGUUACGAGCGGGAGCUAAUUAUUAUGUCCAACCGAUUUAUCCUGACGAGGCCUGGGGAUUUGAACUAGCCAGCAUUAACAAUCAUCACAAACCAUGCCCACUGGGCAUAGUUCAAGAAGACUAUUACCCUGGCACCCCACUGCUAUUUUCAUCCGCGAAUCCUAAAAAGAGCAUUAUUCGCUUGUCCACCGACUUGAACAUUGACUAUAACUUGUCCUACACAGUGUGUACUAAGUCCAAUGAUGUCAUCUGGACCGUGGGCCCUUACGAUCGACGGGCCAAAAGUUACUUUUUAGUACUUGGCGGAGUGAAAGAAAAUCCUGGUCGAGAGACGAUAAAGAACUGGUUUAAGAUUGAGGUGUUUGGUGAUAAUUAUAAGAUUAGGUAUUGCCCAUCGGUGUGCAGUGAUUGCAAGGUAAUGUGCAAGGAUGUUGGCGUAAUUGAAUUUAAUGGGCAGAAGCGUUUGGGUUUAAGUGAUGUUCCGGUUGAGGUGAAGUUUGUGAAGGACGCAUGAAAUUAGUCUAAGCAAUAAUGCACAACUAAUUGUAAAAGUGACAGCCCGAUGCACAAAACAUCUUGCUUUAGCGGGUGGGGCAAAAGCCAAUGCACAACUAAUUGUGAAUUAUGAUAAUUAAUAACAUAGUAGUAUAAUAAGUAAGUGCUACUUAUGUAAUAAGCCGACAUGGCAUGAACUUUUAUGGGUGUUUCAGUGUUUGUAAGCAAUUGUGUUGUUUUUGG